AAAGGCUGGAGUCUACCUACCUUAGGUACCUUUUGGCUGAAUCAGGACGCAGUCAACAUUCCGAUAGGCUCUGAAGAGUAAUCUUGUUUGCUUCGAGCUUGUUGAAAGGUGGAUCAAACACCUCUUGUUGCAUUGAAGCGUGGAAGGAGAAAAGUGCCGUACCGAGAUUUAUAUUUCUGCCAUUCAACAAACACUUUCACUGCUCAGCACAGCACAGCACAGCACAGCACGAGAACAACUACUCAAGAAAAGCGCGUAGGCACCCGUUCGACGCGAAUAUUGUGCAUCAGACAGCACUAGCAACGAGAUAGGGUGGUCCGAAAAUGGCCGGUUCUGCCAAAGUUUUCUCAGCAAAUGAUGGGACGGGGACAUUCACGCUCCUCCUCUUUGCCUCGGCCUCAACAUAUACCGGCAUAGAAACGCUCACGCUGCCUGCACCCACGACGCUGCGAGAAUUGUUCAGACUUCUCGAGGGCAAAUUCCCGGGAAUCACAGAUAAAGUCCUCAAGAGCUCUGCGGUGACGGUAAAUUUGGAGUAUGUCGAUUCAUUCGAGCCGGAAGAUCUGGGAAAGGAAGAGUUGAGAAGGCAAGGUGAAGACGGCGAGGGACUGGAUACCGUGAUCAGGCAGGGUGAUGAGGUCGGGAUCAUACCGCCUGUGAGUAGCGGUUGAGUCGUGUUUGGCUCUCGGUGUUCAACAAUUGGUAGACCGUGACGGUCGUGUUCCAGGCGGGGAACAGUGCUAGAGGUGUCUUUGCAGGUUGGCCUUUGCCGCUGGGCUAUUUAUUGGCCGAUCAUUGAACGUCUGAGAUUACCCCUGACCCCUGCACCUACCAUUCAAACUGUGCAGUAUG